AAGGUUUCCCACCUUUGGACUACUGUAGUUGCAAAUUUUCCUCGCAAAUAUUAACUUGAGGUUUUUAGUAGGAGAGCGUUUGGGCAACUGUAAAACGUGGUGAAAGUUAUGUGCCAACUUUCGCAUCCCCCUUGGCUUGGCAGCUUGGCUUGGUGAACAAAAAACCAUGAGUGCAGCAACCCGGAAACGUGCCAACAAGGUCCAAAGUAGUCAGCAGUCUUUACACCCCAGGAAGGACAAGGGCAGAGUUCAUCCCUCCGCCGCUGGCAGUUUAGCUGAUGAUGUCGUCCCCUUCCACCUUGACCUCUGGUUGACCUUGACACUUGAGAACUGGAUAUUGGAUUUUGGUCGACCCAUUGCCAUGCUGUGGGUUCCUCUGGAAUGGUCACCGCUGAACAUGCCCAGUGUGGGAGACUACUUCCACAUGGCCUAUAACGUCAUCACCCCAUUCUGUCUCCUCAAGCUACUGGAGAGAUGUCCACGCAAGCUUCCCCUGGGUUCCUCUGUCAUCUACCUGGCAGUGAUCUUCUUCGUGAUGGGGGCCAGUCUUCACCUGGUGGGAGACUCCGUCAACCAUCGUCUCAUCCACAGUGGUUACCAGAACCACCUGUCAGUCAGGGACAACCCCAUCAUGCAGAAACUACAACCCGAGUCAUUGGUUGACUCCUUUGAACUCCUUUACUUCUAUGAUGAGUACCUUGGCCACCUAAUGUGGUACAUCCCGUUCUUCCUGUGCCUGGUGCUGUAUUUUGGGGGCUGUUUUGUUCCCGACAAGGGAAGGGGUGGCCGCAUGCCUGUGUCUGCCUGGAUCCUCACCAUUGUCAGUGCUGUCUACAACUGGUACCUCGUCACAGAAGGACAGAUCUUCCCCCUUUUCCUCAUAUCCUAUGCUGUAAUGCUGCUGAUAUUCUGGUACAACAAAGGGAAUAGGGAGGAGCCAGAUGUCAAUGGUUACUUCAUGCUGUACAGUUUUGGGCUGACCCUGCUGCUAGUGGUGACAUGGGUGGGUUACCUGUGGAAUGACCAGGCCUUGAGGGUACGGUACCCCGGUCUGAUUUAUGUACCUGAGCCUUGGACAUACUAUUCGCUAUAUAAGGCAGGGAAUUACUAAAAAUUUAGAUAGAUUAACAAAUAUCCAUCAAAUGUUUCAUCAAGUUGGUAAAUCAAUGUAUGUUUUGAUAAAAUCAUCUUAAAUUUGUACUUGGGUUAUCAUGUCACAAUUAUGUCACCUAUUUCAAUUUUGUUGUGAAAUGAAAUAAAAAUUUUGAGAUUUUA